GAAUCCUACCCUGGCCUUAUAUCAGCAAGACAGGAAUUGUUUCACAAAGGCAGCUAAAUCUGUGGACCUGAGGUAAGGAUCCAGCUUCAAUAAUUAAUUCGCUAAUCACAGCAUGUUCUCUUCAAUUCCUUCUGAAAAGAGAAAAUGACAUUCACAUCAACAGAAAAGCAGAUGAAACCAUCUAUUGAAAUGUACUGGAAGUACAAAGGGAUCAAAUGAGAAGUUACCAUAAAGAAAAUUGGAAUAGGGAAAUAUCAUGAAUUAUACAGACGAGAAAGUUACGACACCUCAGUUUAAUAGCUAGAGUUUCAAGGACAGUUUUGAUUUUAGAGCUACAGAACAAUUCAGCAUCAUUUAUUGAGCAGGUGAGUGUUAUUGGAAGAUUUUGCUCACAAACCCCCUCAGAGCACAAGGGGAUGGCUCUGCACAGUUUCAUUCUCUGGGUCUCACUAGCCUCGUUGAUGAAUGCUGCUGGUGUUUAUGGUGACUGCUGGCUCAUUGAAGGGGAGAAAGGGUUUGUGUGGCUGGCCAUUUGUAGCCAAAACCAACCACCAUACGAAUCCAUUCCUCAGCACAUCAACAGUACCAUAGUGGACCUACGGCUGAAUGAGAACAAGAUCAAAAGCGUCCAGUAUUCCUCGCUCAAUAGGUUUGGUAACCUGACAGAACUCAAUCUGACCAAGAAUCAGAUUUCUUACAUUGAGGAUGGAGCCUUCUCUGCUCAGUACAACCUGCGUGUUUUGCAACUGGGAUUCAAUAAACUUCGGAACAUCACGGAGGGAAUCCUGCGGGGGCUGGGCAGGCUUGAAUACCUCUAUCUCCAGGCCAAUCUCAUUGAGGUGGUGAGCCCCAAUUCUUUUUGGGAAUGUCCCAAUGUAAUGAACAUCGACCUUUCCAUGAACCGGUUGCAAACCUUGGAAAGUUCCACCUUCCUCGGUCUUGGCAAGCUCACCACUUGUGAACUCUACGGCAAUCCAUUUUAUUGUUCCUGUGAUCUACUGGGCUUCUUGAAAUGGCUGGUGCAGUUCAACAACACCACCAGGAGCUACGAUCGAACUCAAUGUACAUCUCCUUCAGAUUUUGCUGGGUAUCUUUUGCUGAACCAAGGCCAGGCCAGUUCCAAGGAUGCAUUGAGUGUACUUGCUUCAAUGUGCAAUGAAGACCUUGACUCUGUUGAUCCCAGGUUUAUCUUCACACAGAAACCCUCAACUACUACUGUCCCAGAAAGUCCCUGCGAAGCUGAAGAUUGCCCAUCAGGUGAAGAGUCUACUCCAUUGAUAUCCUUUCAGACCCCCAUCAUGAAUAUUGACGAUACACCAGUAAUAAAGUUAAAAGAGAUCACCUACACAACAGCAACCCUUCUGGUCCACAUUCCAUUCCCUAUUCGGAAAGAAAACAUCCUGGUACAAUAUAACAACAGCAUGUAUACGGACAUAAAGAGCCUAUCCACAGAAAAGGAGGAAAUUAAAAUUGAAGAAUUAAUUCCCCAUACUAAUUAUACAUAUUGUGUGGCUUCCAUUCAAAAUUCGCUGAGAUACAAUCAAACUUGUGUAACCUUCUCAACAAGGGCUAAAGCCAAAGCAAAGCCAUUGCCUGCCACUUCCAAUACCACUCAUUACAUCAUGACCAUUCUGGGUUGCCUCUUUGGGGUAGUCAUCAUCUUGGGUGUGACCUAUUACUGUCUGCGUAAAAAAAAAGAGGAACAAGUAAAGAACAAGAAAUCAGGAAAUGCCAAGAAGACAAUCAUUGAGCUGAAAUAUGCCCCAGAGUUGGAGACCAUCACCAUCACCCAAAUGGCACAGAAGCCAGUCCCACCCUCCGACAUGAUGUCAUCCAGGAUGCCUUUCCUACCUUCAGCAGGGGAUCUGGAAGAGUACAAUCUCCGGGAGGUGAUUGAAAGUCCGAAGCUCAGUCGAGGAAACUAUAUGGAUGUGAGGACAGGUGAACAUCCAUAUCACAGAGAUAUCCUCGAGAGUAUGUUUGGAGAGAGUCAGGACUCUGCCGCUGAAAUAUCAACCAUAGCAAAAGAAGUGGAUCAAGUGAAUCUGAUCAUCAAUAACUGCAUUGAUGCUCUGCAGACAGAGUCCAGCUCCUUCCGAGGUCCUAGUGCUAGGACCUUGGCAUCAGUGGAGCCCCAGGACUUUUUGGUUUCCGAACAGUCCCAGGGAAAAUCAGGGUUCCUGUCCCCUAUUUACCGGGAAAGCUACCACCCACUAAAGAGACAUAGCAGUAUGGACGCAGCACCCAAAUGUCCCAGCAUCUCUUCUAACUGCUCUGUGCGCAGUCCUCGAUCAGUGCGUUCUGAGAUCUAUGCUGGUCCCAGGUACAAAUCAGAAGCAAAAUACAUUGAAAGGACCUCUCCAACACGCAGUGCCAUCCUAAGCGGAACCCCAUGUCGCAUUGUGAGAUCAGAAACAGGGCAAAAGCAGCCCUACAGUGACCACUCACACCUCUAUGCUGGCUUGCAUCAUGGAGAGCGAAAGCAGAUGAGGAGUCCAAGUCCAUGUGUCCUUGAAGCCCUCCCACGAUCUCGAUCCAGGAGAAAUUUGGCCUACACUCAGUUCUCCCCCCAGUACCACAGCGUCAGCUAUGCCUCCAGCCCAGAAUACUCCAGCAAACCCUCUAAGGGGGUCUGGGAGCGUUACAAACCUCAUGAGAAGUGGCACAGGAAGGAUGAAUACCUUGCUGCAGGGUAUGCGCUGAGGAAGAAAGUACAAUUCGCAACAGAUGAGGACUUGCAUGAUAUUCUAGAUUACUGGAAAGGAGUUUCCAGUCAGCACAAAUCUUGACUCCUCACUCAUCAAGACUAAAUUGGACCAAAAAAAACAUGAAAAUAUCUGUUUUUACCCAAUUAUAUUAACUUCUUAAAAAGAACUGAAUGCACUAAGAAUUCUUGAAACUGAACUCUAAAACCUGUGUAAAGGAUUUCUCUUUUUCUCCCUCACUAUAUAUAUAUGCAUAUAUAUAAUAUAUAUAUGUGUAUAUAUAUAUAUGAUAUAUAAUAAAAAGGAAAUCCAAUGCCUUGGAAUAUUGGAUAUUAUUUAUCGCAUGACUCUGUCCUGUGACUGUGACUCACUGUAGUGUACAUGGGGCAUUGUUCGUUGUACAAUGUACACCGUGACUGGACUGUGCCGUGUAAUUGUAGCUCACACACUGCUCACACCUUGCAUUGUACAGUAAUAUUUACCAGUAAGAUUCCCCCCCCCCUCCUUUGCCCCUGCAGUUCUGUACAGAUAAAUUUCUAUAUUUGCAAUGAUGUUUCUGGAUUUUUUUGCCUGUUUGUAUCAGGUUUUAAUUGCGGAUUUUACAGAAUAGUCUGUUUGGUUCCCAGUGAAUGUCUAACAACUGGCCCUGAGCUUUGGAUAAAACUGGACUGGUGAAAGAAAUGCACUGAGUGGUUUCUUCUGUCACAUUCUCUUUCUGUCUCAUUGGUCGAAGUAAUGGGUUUUCUCAUCUGGAGUGAAAUCUUCACCUGCAAAAGGAGCAAAGGAAAGAGAGUAAAAGAGACAGAGAGGAAGAUAUAGAAAGGAACA